AUGGUUACAGUCUACGCAGUAGCUGCCCCCGGCCUGGCCGAGUGGAUACACCAAAAGAGCAGUCACCUGGGGGGGGAAAAGGCAAUGCAAUGGGCCACCGAUCGUGGGUUGCAGACUACGAUCGGUGCGCAGCAGGACGCCCGUCAGCACUGCCCCCAGUGUACGAGGCUCUCCCCCCAGCGCUUGAAAACAGAGAAGGGGUACCUGAAGCGAGGCCAAAGACCUGGGGAGGUAUGGCAGGUGGACUACAUUGGCCCGCUGCCUAAAAGUCAGCGGCAUAAGUACUCGCUGACUGCAGUAGACACGUAUUCUGGCCUGCUCUUCGUAUACCCGUGCGCAAGUGCUACACAGGAGCAGACUAUAAAGGAGUUAGAGGAACUUAUCCUCUAUUACGGCUCCUCCGUUGAAGUGCAGAGUGAUCAGGGAACCCAUUUCACGGGGAUGGAAGUAAGAGAAUGGGCUAGGGGGCGAGGAAUCGUGUGGGGGGUUCACAUUGCAUACCACCCACAGGGCGCAGGGCUCAUUGUGCGCAUGAACAGUUUGCUUAAAGAGCAGUUACGCAAACUGUCCCCCACUGACUCCCUGGCUGGAUGGAGUCGUACCCUCCACCAGGCUGCAGCCGUGCUCAAUGACCGUCCACUAUAUGGCUCCACCCCGUAUGCCAGGUUUAAGGGGGAGGUCAUCGAGCGGCCCUGUGUGCUGCGAGUGCAGCGUUUUCAUCCACAAGCCCAACUCCCCAUUCGGGCCACCCCGGGAAGUGCUGGUCUUGAUCUACAGGUCCCAGAAGAGAGCCUCACCAUGCAGCCUAAUAGCCAAAACCUCGUGAGUAUUGGCUUAGCCAUUGGGCUCCCACAAGGCUAUUAUGGGCGCAUUGCCCCACGCAGUAGCCUGGCCCUCAAGGGCAUAGAUGUGGCGGCGGGAGCAAUCGACGCUGACUACAUGGGGGAGGUUAAGGUGCUUUUGGUACACAAUGGCCCGCAGGCAAUAGCCCUCUCCCAAGGCGAGCAGGUUGCACAGCUGAUUUGCAAGUGCAUUGGAUUGCCUGAUGUGCAGGAAGUGGAGGCGCUUAUGCCCACUACUCGAGCAGGGGGGUUCAGCUUGACUGGGCGUGCAGUUUGGGUCCAUGACCCCACCAAGCAUAACCCGCUUGAAGGGGAAAUCCUAGCCAAUGGCCCCGGGGAUACUCACCUCGUGUUGCUAAAAGGGGAAGACGCCCCAAUUUAUGUGCCCUCUAAGCAUCUUUCUUCCAGGCAACCAUGA